AUGAACUUCGUCUUGAGUCUCCUUCUGACCUUGGAUUUAGCCACAGUGGCCGUCAGUCUAUCCACAUGCAGCACUCUGGACAUGGAGCAGUUCAAAAAGAAGCGGAUCGAGGCCAUCCGCGGUCAGAUCCUCAGUAAACUCAAGCUGAGCUGUCCUCCCGAGAUCUACCCCGAGCCCGAGGAGGUGUCCCGGGACAUCAUCGCCAUCUAUAACAGCACGCGAGACCUGCUGCAGGAGAAAGCCAACGAGCGCGCGGCCACCUGCGAGCGACAGCGCAGCGAGGAGGAGUACUACGCCAAAGAAGUGCACAAGAUAGACAUGCAGCCCUUCUACCCUGCCGAGAAUGUCAUCUCUAAUACACAUUACAACCCGUACUUCAGGAGGCUCAGGUUUGACAUGAGCUCCAUGGAGAAGAACGCCUCGAACCUGGUGAAGGCAGAGCUCAGGAUCUUCAGGCUGCAGAACCCAAAGGCCCGUGUGUCUGAGCAGCGCAUCGAGCUUUACCAGAUUUUAGGUCAUAAAGAGCUCACGUCACCCACGCAGCGCUACAUUGACAGCAAGGUGGUGCGCACCCGUACGGAGGGCGAGUGGCUGUCGUUUGACGUGACGGAGGCCGUCAGCGAGUGGCUGCUGCACAGAGACAGAAACAAUGGAUUCAAGAUCAGCCUGCACUGUCCCUGCUGCACAUUUGUGCCGUCAAAUAAUUACAUCAUCCCCAACAAGAGCGAGGAGCUGGAGGCGCGCUUUGCAGGUAUAGAUGACAGCUUUGUGCACAUAGGGGAUCUGAAGAUGUUUAAAAAGCGGCGUCAGAGCGGUCAGUCUCCACACCUGCUGCUGAUGCUGCUUCCUUCAUACCGACUGGAGUCGCAGCACAAGAGCCACAGACAGAAACGCGCUCUAGAUGCAGCCUUCUGCUCCAGGAAUGUGCAGGACAACUGCUGUUUACGCUCUCUCUACAUCGACUUCAAGAAGGAUCUGGGCUGGAAGUGGAUCCACGAACCCAAAGGUUAUAACGCCAACUUCUGUGCGGGAGCCUGUCCGUAUCUGUGGAGCGCAGACACCCAGCACAGCAACAUCCUCGGCCUCUAUAACACUAUUAAUCCAGAAGCGUCCGCAUCUCCUUGCUGUGUGUCUCAGGAUCUGGAACCCCUCACAAUCCUUUACUACAUCGGAAAAACCCCUAAAAUCGAGCAGCUCUCCAACAUGAUUGUCAAGUCCUGCAAGUGCAGCUAGGAGCGAUCAACUCCGUUUCCGAGAACACGCAUUCAAACAAACAAACAUACAGUAAUUUAAAACCCAAUCACACACAUGCUGCACAGAGCAAUUCCUACAAACUCUCAAACACCAAGAUGACAGGUAAAAACACACAUCUGAAUGUGUGAAUGUGUGCUGGAAACGGCCCUGUCGACAUGUGUCACAUCACCCGCUCCUCACUCUAUGGAUGUGAGUUUGGCAAACACUGGAAGUACGUGAUAGGUGUUUAUAUGUGAAGCAAGCGGAAGAGAAAAUCCCUUGUUCAAUUUAUAUCAAACAAACACUUCUGUUUUUUGUUUUGUUUUGUUUUUUGUCUUUUUUGUUGUUGAUUUUGUUUCCCUCAAUAAUAUGGAUAUUGUUUGUUUGGUAAUAUAUAAAACCCAUUAUAUUGUUCACCAGUACUGGUGAAGAGCUGGAAACUUCUGGCAAACCGUUGCCACAAACUGUACAGUUGUCGCAAAUGAACUUCGAGUUUGGUGCAAAUAAAACAUUUGCAACAGAAAAACACAACAGAAAGAUGAAAUAUUACAAAAAGGUUAAUGCAAAGCUCAGAAAUACAUAGUUUAGCCACCUUACAUGGUGUAAACAAAAAGGCCAAGACCAACAAGUCACGAUGUUCCAAGCAGCCAAAGACGUUUUGUUACAUUGCAAACAGAAACAUUCUCUACACACUGCGGAGACGAAUGCUGAAAAAGGCAAAACCAUUGCAUUCUUGUAUCUUUGUAGAUGAAAAAAUAUAUAGUUUCCAUCAAAUGUCUGUGCCAUUAAGCCAAAUGUUUAAUUAUGCUGGAUAUAAACAUGGAGACAUUGUUCAUCAAGAUUCUCUUCAAACAGUCGCUCUGCUAUGACAGGAAUUGAUCUGAAAGAGAAAAGUGACCAUAGAAGACGUUUGAGCUAGUGUGCGAUCUGAAAAAGCAACAUGUACUUGUGAUGUUAGUUGUGUUUCAGAACUUAACAGCAUGUGAAACUGAGCUGGCAAAACAAGAAGAAGUGUUUAUGAUUAUGUACGUAUAUGUGGAAGUGUGAUAAAUGCCUUAUUCUGAAGUUUAAAAAUGUAUGUCUAGCUAGCUCUUACUUCAUUCUUGACACAAAUCAUUUGUAAACACAAUUACUAGCAAAACAAAAUGGUGAAAUGGUGCCUACUAGUUUCUUUAGGAUGGGCAGAAGACUUUUUAUUUUAAGGUGAUGUUGUUACAGUGUAAUUAUACAAGUUUGUUCUAAGUAAUAUUAUUUAAGUACAUGUACUUAUUGUAGGGUUAUAUACAUGCAACUACAUCACCUUAAAAUAGUGUUCACACAGUUUGCAUGGUUUGAGAACAGUCCACAAAAUAAAUCAGCUGACAGCAGCCACAAAUUUGCAUAAAAAGCAGGCGUUUCUGAAAAGAAUGACUGUGACUUUUAAGUACUCACUUCUCAGAGCUAUACCAGAGCAUGUCGUGCCUGGCUGAACUGGAAUAUGGGUGAUUAGUAAAUAACAUGAUAGUACUUGUGCUGAAAUACAGCAUGUAUAAGUGAAUUCAACUCAAGGUCCCUUAUUAGAGCAGGUGAAGCUGUGAUGUCACCAGUGUUGAAAGGAAGUGAUGUCAUCAGACUAGAAUAUAGACUGAGGCGAUGGCAGGUCAUAUGCAAUAGGUAUGUUUACAUGCACUAAACUAAAAUGAAUCCAGUCUGAAUCGAGUUCUGUUUACAUGAGCCCUAAAUGUUGAUUCUGGUUUGCAAAGGUGCAUAACAAUAAUCCAAAGAAAACUUUAGCGCACAUGCAGCUCCCAGUCGCCACAUUCAUGACAUAUAAAUAAAUAUUGUCUCCACCACUGUCCAGAUCAUAAGACAGAACAUAUCAAUUAACAUAACACACAUUUGUAUGAUAUAAGGCCUAUCCCCGAUGCAUAUGAUUAGCUACUAUUUCUGCAUAUUUUUGAAUCUGAUUGAGAAAAUAGUCAGAUUUUACAUGCUUAUUUUUUCCUGUUUAUUGGACUGUAUAAGGUGUGUAGACCAGAAAUAAUCCAAUUUACAAGAAAACAAUUAAGCAUGUAAAGCAAUAUGAUUGAAAUCUCAUUCAGAUUGAGCUCAGUCUAAUCAUCUGCAUGAAGGCUUUUCAGUCUGAUUGAGGCACCAAUCCAAUUAUAAGCAGAUUAUUUGGGUGCAUGUGAUAUGAGAAGAGUAUGUUGCUUUAGUAAAGUCAGAGAUUUUGAUGAAAGGAUUUGAAGAAUGUGAACAGACGUAUGAUGGACGUUUAAGUGAGAGACGUAACCCCAGUUCAUUCUUUUGAACGUGUUGUGCAGAGACCUGCUUGACGAAUGCACUGCCGCAGACGCUGACAUCCAUAACGCUUAUCAUGGAGAAAUGGUUCAACACAUCUCAAAGUGUCUUCCUGAAUUUGUGAUUUUGUUUUCUCUCAGAGAAAGUGAUCCUUUGUUACGAAGAAUUGCACUGACUAUUUUAUUUCUACAUUUUUUUUUUUAUUUGUAACUUUUGUUUGUUGGUUUUAAUUUGUAGUUCUAGCUUCACACAGAUGAUGUGAGUGGCUUCCAGGUGGAGGUUCCCCUUUUUGACUAGUCCUUAUCUUAACCAGUGUUAGAGAGAAACUGGUAGCAGAUCAGAUGAAAAGAGCAACAUCCUUUCAUGCCGAAGAUUUUUAGGUGACACUUAUUCUAUUUGAAUGCCAGUGGACUUCCUGCAGAUACAGGAAGUGGAAGGAUACACCAGCAUUGUCACACUAGAGCUGUUUAUUGUUAUUAUUGUCUAUGAUGAUGAUGAUGUUGAUAUUGUUGACCCACUAUGAUGUAUUGUAACACAUUACUGUUGUGGUGCUCUAGUGGUAAAUAAAUUAUUUAAGUGACAAGA